AUGGCUACGGCGCUGAACCGAUUUGGUUGGGGUGCACUAUUUUCACUAUUAGAUGUAGCGGCAUGCGUACUAUGUGCGUACUUUCACGGACCAACUCCAGGAAUAUCAAAUAUCACCUCGCAGUUCAAGUCAUUUUCGUUCUUCACGAGUACUGUGGACUUAUUUGCAUUAUGUGGCGUUAGAGUGCUUUUGUGGUUUUUGCCAGCUAUUUUCCACAAAACUGGCCGAGCUGACAGUUUGCCAGUAUUCACACAGGUUGUUUUCUGCACCUCACUUCUGAUGUAUGCGGCAAGUCCAACGAAGUUACUACUGCUCACGGAACGUCUCAAUCCAGGCACAUAUCUCCCAACUGGUGACUACGCUUUCCUUGUGUGGAAUUUUAUUGCUGCUCUCCUGCUGGAUGUAUCAUGGAAGUACUAUUUUCACUACCCACCAUCUAGCUACGUUAUUCUUGAGACGGACGAGGAUGAAGAACUACCGCCAAAAGAAACAUUUGAGCUGAUCUUUCGUCUACUGCAGUACUGUAAAAGAGAAUGGCUCUGGCAUAUUUCAGGGUUCUCGUGGCUGCUGAUAUAUUCCAUAACUCGAAUAUUUGUUCCUUACUAUACUGGAAAGGUGAUAGCUACCGUGGUUGCGACGAAGUCUUAUCCAAAUUUGGCAACUGCAGUCUACGUGAUGGCGUUUAUCUCAUUCGUCAGUGCCAUGGCAGCUGGCCUUCGUGGGGGUUCAUUCGAGUAUGCCUACGCAAGAAUAAACCGAGCCAUUAGACACGAUCUUUUCACUGGUUUAGUCAGACAAGAUGUUGCCUUCUUUGAUGCUCACAAAACUGGCGAGAUUGCCUCUCGGCUUACUGCUGACUGUCAAACCAUGUCUGACACAGUAGCUUUAAAUGUGAACGUCUUCCUCAGGAACUGCGUGAUGCUGCUGGGCUCAAUGAUCUUCAUGAUGACAUUGUCUUGGCGUCUUUCACUUAUUACUUUCAUUUUGGUCCCAAUUAUCUUCGUCGCCUCCAAAAUAUUCGGAAGCUACUAUGACUACCUAUCUGAGCGAACUCAAACCGCCAUAGCUGAUUCUAAUGAUGUUGCCGAAGAAGUGCUCUCGACAAUGCGCACAGUUCGAUCUUUUGCUUGUGAAAAUGUCGAAGGAGACCGAUUCUACUUGAAACUUACCCAUACUCUUGCUAUCACAAAGACAAAAGCCAUUGCAUAUGUUGGAUUUUUAUGGGUCUCCGAGCUCUUCCAAACAUUCAUCAUUGUUGCUGUGUUGUGGUAUGGAGGUCACUUAGUUUUAACGAAGAAAAUGCAGGCUGAUUUACUCGUUUCCUUCCUUUUGUACCAAAUGCAAUUGGGUGACAAUCUGCGCCAAAUGGGCGAAGUUUGGACAGGUCUUAUGCAAUCCGUCGGAGCGAGUAGAAAGGUGUUUGAAUACAUAGAUCGUGUUCCGACCAUUCUUCACUAUGGUACUGCUCAACCAGCGACACUUCGAGGACGUAUCGAGUUUCGCAACGUUCAUUUCAGCUACCCAACAAGGAGCAAUUUACCAAUUCUUAGGGACUUGUCAUUUACUGUUGAACCUGGUGAGACUGUGGCACUCGUAGGCCCAUCUGGCUCUGGAAAGUCAUCUUGCAUAGCUCUGCUAGAAAACUUUUAUCAGCCAAAUGCUGGUCAAGUGCUUGUAGAUGGUGUGCCACUAGAGGACUAUGAACACCACUACAUACAUAGAAAGAUCGCACUCGUCGGACAAGAACCUGUACUUUUCGCUCGAUCAGUAACCGAAAACAUUCGUUAUGGUGUAGAUGUAAUGGAAGCGGACGUGCUCAAAGCGGCUGAGAUGGCUAAUGCACAUAGUUUUAUCAUGCAAACCACGCACAAGUACGAGACAAAUGUCGGUGAAAAAGGAAGCCAGAUGUCUGGUGGACAAAAGCAAAGAAUUGCGAUAGCAAGGGCACUGGUGAGGGAGCCUGCUAUACUUUUGCUUGACGAAGCUACAUCAGCCCUGGACACAGAAUCGGAACAUCUCGUACAGGAAGCCAUCUACAAGAAUCUGGAUGGAAAGAGUGUGAUUCUAAUCGCGCAUCGUCUAUCCACUGUGGAAAAAGCCGAUAAGAUCAUCGUUAUCAAUAAGGGAAAAGUAGAACAAAUCGGCACACACGACGAACUGCUCAGACAACCUGGAACUUAUGCGACUUUGGUUGCACGUCAGAUGAUGGGAGACCAGCGACCACAUCAUCCUCAGCUGGAAGCUCCAUCAUCAUCUAAACCCGUAAGUGUGAUCGGAAGUCACCAUGGAGGAAUGUCUUUGCUGUCGACGAGUUUCACUCAUUCAGCUAGUAGUGUAACGUCACGUUGAGCAAUUUGGCAAAUCUGCUGAAAAAAUUUGUGGUAUUUACACUGCAGUAUCUGGAAGAUCUGAGGUCAAUUCCUGUUAAUGAAUUUGUUACAUUU